AUGGCAUCGGUGUUUCUUUUCCAUGUUGUGGGUGAUCUAACAGUGGGGAAGCCAGAGAUGGUGGAACUGUGUGAGACGGAGACGAUGGAGGCUGCGAUAAAAGCGAUCGGAGAGUCGAUGGAAUGUGGUAUACCGGUAUGGAAGAAGAAAUCACAUGUGGGUAUGGUUGAAAACGAUGAAAUGAGGCAGCAGAGGUUUGUGGGCAUCCUCAAUUCCCUCGACAUUGUUGCUUUCUUUGCUAAAAGUGAGUGUCUAGAGGAUCAUGAUAAGGCUUUGAAGACUCUGGUGUCUGAUGUUGUUGUUCCUAAUAAUUCUUUGCUGAGGCAGGUUGAUCCUGCGACAAGGUUGAUAGAUGCACUGGAGAUGAUGAAGCAUGGUGUAAAGCGUCUUCUUGUUCGAAAGAGUGUUGUAUGGAAAGGCAUGAGCAAACGUUUCUCGGUUAUCUAUAGUGGUAAGUGGCUCAAGAACAUGGAUACUAGUGGCAGCAGCAAUAGCCUUGCUGCCAAUCGGCCUUCCUCAUCUUCCGCUACCAGUACCCGUGACAAGUUUUGCUGUCUCUCAAGAGAAGAUGUUAUUCGUUUCCUGAUUGGCUGCCUAGGUGCCCUAGCUCCUAUUCCUCUCUCCUCUAUCUCCUCUCUUGGGGCCAUUAACACAAACUACCAGUUUGUUGAAGCCUCGUCUGCAGCCAUUGAAGCCACUCAUAAGCUUCCUGAAGACCCUAGUGCAGUUGCUGUUGUCGAACACACACUGGAAGAUCAGUACAAGAUUAUUGGAGAGAUAUCUGCCUCCAAACUAUGGAAAUGUGAUUACUUAGCUGCAGCAUGGGCUUUAGCUAAUCUCUCAGCUGGACAGUUUGUCAUGGGAGUUGAGGAUAAUGCGUCCUCAAGAUCACUGCCAGAUAUCUCUAUAAAUCAAACUGCUGGAAAUAAUAAUGUGGCUAAUGGUGGUGGGUCAACAAAGCUGAAAAGGUUCAGUAGCAGGAGUAUAGGGUUCAGUCCUGCGAGCGCAAGCUUGGGAGUGAGUAGAAGCAUGUAUAGAGGCAGAAGCGCACCAUUGACCUGUAAGGUUACAAGUUCAUUGGCAGCAGUCAUGGCUCAGAUGUUGUCUCACAGGGCAACCCAUGUGUGGGUGACUGAGGAUGAAAGUGAUGAUAUCUUAGUUGGAGUGGUGGGUUAUGCGGAUAUUAUGGCUGCUGUGACCAAACAACCAGCCCCAAUUACCCCUGCACCAGGGCGGUCGACUGAGGGUAAUGAGAUUCACAAUUGA